GCUUUACUUCUUUAUUCUUCUUUUAUUUCUUUCUCCCCUAUUUCCAUUCAUGAGAGCUUGUAAAGGGUUUACAUUACAGCCAUUAACAGGGUGCCGAGCACCAGGCUGUUGGCUUUACCCUUCUUCUUUGCGAGGUGCUGUCAAUUUAUGGCAUCAAAAUGCUUGUUUUUAUGAGAUGAUAUCUGAUAGUGGAGAGAAUAAGCAUUUGUUGCAUAUUAAGUAGUAAGCUUUCCAACUUUUUGAAAGCUGAAAUUUCGUGAUAUCUAAGAUUCAUGGGAGGGAGGUCAAAUGUUUCUUCAUUUGGUGGGUCUAAUUCAGCUAGGCACUUGAUUACACACAACAAGCACCAUGAUGGUGUCGAAGCGCCUCGAAAUAGCUUGGACUUACCUCUGGAAACAACUAAUAGGCAUCAUGUCAUUAAUGAGAAUUUAAUGGUAAAGAUACCAUCCUCCGAAAUGAACCUUCAUCACAAAGGAAAUACUCCAGUCAAGUUGCUGAUCAAUGAGGAGGUUAGUAAUAGAGAAAAUACCAAGCGCAGUGGACCUAGUGUUGUCGCUCGCUUAAUGGGCAUGGAUACUUUGCCACAUGAAAAAGGUCAUACAAUUCAUGCAAAGGAAUGCUUCAACGAAAACCCGAGGAAACACAUAUCAAGAGUGCCCCGUUUUGUGAGUGCUAAAUCUGAGUUGAACUCACUUUCUUUGACUACUUUCGCCCAAUCGAAAGAACAAUUGCCUCGGAUCUAUAAUAAACAACAAUAUCCUAGCUCGUCGUCCAAAAACUUGAAUUCAUUUAAACCGCACCGAAGAGAGCAUCCACAAGAAGAGCUACUGCAGAAAUUUAAAAAAGAAUUUGAGUCAUGGCAAGCAUCCAAGUUAUGGGAGAGUUCAAGCAAUUUCGAUCAAAAUGAUAGCAGUCAAGGAUUGAAAGAUGAGCCAAAUCUUGCAUUUGAAAACCUCAACAUGGAGAAAAUGUCGAGAUGUAUAAAUACUAAUAAAGCUCAAGUGCGAAAGAAACCUAUAGAAACAGAUAUAUACACUUCGGUGAAUAAAGUUAAAUGUGCUCCAAAUCCGGCUGAUGGUCUCUAUCAAGAUGCCAAUCUAGAUAAGCAAUGUGUCCCCAGAAUGAAAGAUGACAAGGCUAUAAGGAGGAAACUAGCUGCUAACAGUUUUGAACCAGUACCAAGAACUAUGUUUCAGGAGAAAAGAAGUAGAUCUUGUUCACCUACAAGGAUAGUGAUUCUGAAACCUAGUUCUGAUAUUAAUGAAAUAGAAGAGCCAUGGAGUGGCUCAUCUGAUGCACUUGAAAAAGCUAGUAGUAUGGAACAUUUUCUUGAAGAGGUAAAGGAAAGGCUCAGAUUGGAAAUGGAAGGAAAGGGUAGAAAUGAUUCUGUCAGGAGGGGUAAUUCAGCUCAUACUUCCCUACAUGAAAGGUCAACCGACCCAAAACAGUUGGCCCGGGAUAUCGCAAAGCAUAUCAGAGAAAGUGUUACCAGGGACCUUGGGACAACAUCAGUAAGGUCGGAAUCCACCAGAUCAUACAAGAAUGAUUUUCACGUAAAUGAACAGGAAUCCCAGGAGUCCAUUAAAAAAGAUACAAGAAAAAUUAUAUCUGAUAGACUAAAAAAUGUGUUGAUGGAUGAUCGUGAGAUUGAGAAAAGUAAGUUUAAUGAAAAUUCUCUCAAGAUAAAAGAAAAGGAAAGAUCAAAAUCUAUGACUGAUUUCUUGAAGGAGGGAAAAGGUGCUAGCUUUUGGGAGGAUAAGAAAGCUGUGAAUGAGUCAAUUCCUAAGUACUUAAGGAGGGAACAGAUGAAAAUGGCCGAAUUUGAUGAUGAUGCAAUGUCACCUCCAAACCUUAUUAGAUCAUUUUCCGCCCCGGUCUCAGGAACUGCUUUUGGUAAACUUCUGUUAGAAGAUCAGCGUGUAGCAACUGGAGCUCAAUUAAGUCGAAGGAAUGAAACAUUGGAAAAUGAUUCAGGAAGAAACAAAAAAGAUGGCUUGAACUUUAAAGGCAGAGUUUCCAUUUUGAGACGAAAUCUCAGUUUUAAGGGAAAAAUUUUUGGUAAGAAGAUGCCUUUAAUAGGGGAAUCAACCUCAGAAACUUUCAGUUAUUUGAAGUCCAUCGAUACCUUGCCUUCAGUGAUCAGAAAUUAUGGAAUAGUAGAGGACAACUCUACGGAGGUUCCACCAAGUCCUGCCUCAUUUUACAGCAGUCCAACCACUGAACACCAUAGUCCUGUAUCCCCAUUAGAGGUUCCUUUUGUUGAAGAUCAUUCUUCAACGCAAGUCUCGGGCGAAUUAGGCACCCUUCUCGAUUCUGGAAUUCAUCCAGAACAAAUUGAAAGCAAAGACUCUGAAGAAGUGGCAACUGAAGCUCAGCUUAAUGACACUAAUGAAAUAAUGCAAAUUGAAAGCCAUGCAAAGUCUUAUGUAAGAGACAUCCUUAUUGUUUCUGGGCUUUACAAGGCUUGGCCUUUAGAUCAAGCGCUUUCAACGCUGGAUGGCCAAACAGAAUCAAUCUCUUCUUCUGUUUUUGAUCAAGUAGAAGAAAAAAACUGUAAACCUGAGAAGAUAGAAGCCAACUCCUGCAAACUCGGUGAUAUCGACAUGGAUCGAAAGCUGUUAUUCGACUUGGUGAACGAGGCUUUACCAACUGUAAUUGCUUCUCCUGUGACCCCUUUGAUGUCUAGAAGAUGGAAAGAGAGUUUAGCACAAUUGCCUUGUGGAAUAAAACUGCUUGAUGACUUGUUUAAUCAGAUUAAGAUUUAUGCAAAUCCUAAGGUCGUUCAACACCAAUCAAUAGAUAAGGUGGUGGCAUGGGAUGUCAAGUUGAGGCCUUGGUUUACUUCAUCUUAUGAGGACAUUGGCUAUGUGGAGAAGGAAGUAGAGGGGUUGAUUAUUGCAGAGUUGAUUGAUGAGUUGCUAUCAGAUUUGAGUUGUUUCAUGGUGUUGCAGUGAUGUUUUUAUCAUGUAAAUUUAUGAAAAGAUGAUUAAGAAAGCUCGGUGAUUUGCAAAUAUUUACAUGGAGUUGGAUUUUUUUUUUUACUUUUUUUGCAUUUGUUAUUGGUUUGGUUAAUUACCAAAUAAUGAGAUUGUAUGAGACACUGUGUGCAUAGUUUGUAAGUGUUUGCCUCAUAGUUAAUGAGUGGUAAUUGUAUUAUUCUUACACAACAGUAUAAUGAA